CCUCCUGCCCCCUUCCAGUCAACUCCCCUUGGGACCAAUCCUCAAGCUAGUCUGGCCGCUUCUGUUCCUCGCAUUACUGAAUCCUACGAGGAACCCAGCGUCAUGAGAAAAGCGAAGCAGCCCCAACCAAAAGGAAAGCGUCGUCAAGGUACUCACAGUUCAUCCACUAUUCCCGUAGCUUCUAACAACUUACAAGGUGUUGGACAGCUUCCUGUUUCAUCCAUCGCACCCCACCCGCCUCACGCACUUAGCGCUAAUCCCGUCCAUCCCGGUCUCCCUAUUCCCGGGUAUGGAACCGAUGAGGAGAUCCACGCCGAGAAUAAUGUCCGUCCCAUGACUUAUGAUGAGAAGCGACAACUAAGUCUGGAUAUCAACAAGCUCCCGGGCGAAAAGUUAGGGAGAGUUGUCCAAAUAAUUCAAGAGCGAGAGCCUUCUCACAGAGACUGUAACCCCGACGAAAUUGAAAUAGAUUUCGAGACCUUGCAGCAUUCCACUUUGAGAGAACUGGAAAAAUACGUAAAGUCAGUCCUUCAGAAAUUGAAGGCAAACAACCGGAAGUAUGUCAAAAAAGUUCCGAGUAACGCUAAUGCUGGCAAAACUCGAGAGGAGUCAAUGAAGGUGCGCAAAGAGGAACUGGAAACUCGUCUUCGAGAAAUAAAUGGCGCUCCUGUUUCUCAGGGUGGUUUUACUAACAUUCAUCAGUCCAAAAAGUCAAACAAGAAUAGCCUCAGCGAAUCCUCAAGCUCCAGCGAUUCUGAAUCAACUUCAGAUUCCAGUGAAUCGGAUUCUUCGGACUCGAAGUCGGAUAGUGAGUCUAGAUAA